AUAUAUAUAUAUAUAUUCCGGAUUGUGAAGUAUAGAUUAGGAUAUAUAUGUAUAUUUAUAUAUACCGCUAAAAACUAACCUUUUGUUUAUCUGAAUUGAUACAAUGUUCAAUUGUAUCGCAUUGAACAAUUGAACACAAAGAAUAAUAAUCAUAAUCAUAAUACCAAUCAUUGUUUAUAAGAAUGAUACUUAUAUCCAAUUGAAUUAAACAACCUUUUCUAAAAGUAAUUGAUGAUAUUUGAACAAUAACAGCAGCAGCGACAACAACCCACAAAAUGAUUAUUCGAAUGAAUUCGCCUAAUUCCGGAUUAUUAUUAUCAUCAUCAUUAUUGUUAUUAUUAUCAUUAUCAUCAUCAUUAUUGUUAUUAUUGAUUCCAAUAAAUUUAUUAGGCAUUGUUACCGGUUCACAUGUGGCUUAUUACAAUUUUAAGGUUUUACGGAUGAAUAUUUCAAAUCCAAAUAUUUUGAAUACAAUCAACAAUUUAUACAUAAAUGAGCCGGAAAAUUAUGAUAUUUGGAGCUUUCCAAGAGGUGGAAAUAAUUCAAUGUACAUAUCAGUAUCACCGAAUGGAUUCAGUAAUUUGACAAGAAUUUUGAACAAUGCUCAGAUUUCAUACGAAACAGUAAUAAGCAAUCUUCAAAAGGCAAUACUGGAUGAGAGACGUGAAAACCACGCAAGAAGACUGUCCGGUUUCAUGAGAACUGGACGACAAAGACCAUAUUAUAAAACAUAUGAUGAAAUUAUCCAAUAUUUAGAUACUUUGGAACAACUGAAUUCAUAUACAACCGUAGAGACUAUAGGUGUCACUUCUGAAGGCAGACAAAUUAAAGGUGUUAUGAUUUCUUUAGACUCAUCGAAACCGAUAAUCUGGAUAGAUGCUGGAAUUCAUGCUAGAGAAUGGAUCGCCCCAGCCACAGCUCUUAGUAUAAUCAGCAAGCUGAUGCGACCAUCAGGACAAAUACUUCUGAAGAGAUUUCAAUUCUACAUUGUUCCAGUAAUAAAUCCAGACGGUUAUGAGUAUACACGGACAAAGUAUCGAAUGUGGCGAAAAAAUCGAGCACAAACAGAAGGUGAAGUAUGCAUUGGAAUUGAUUUGAAUAGGAAUUUUCCUUUCAAAUGGGGUGUUGGAAAUGGUGCAUCACCACAUGCAUGCAGUGAAACCUACAGAGGAAGUGAAGCAGCCUCAGAGUUGGAAACUCAAAGUCUUAUUGGCAAAUUGAAUGCUCUGCAUAAAAAUGUUGUUUUAUACCUUAGUUUACAUUCAUUCGGUCAGUACAUUCUAACUCCAUUCGGUUUUUCACGGUACAGUUUUCCACCGCAUUAUGAAAAAUUGAUAACUAUGGGUCGUAAAGUGAGAAAAAUGAUACAAAAUCGUCAUGGUUAUGUUUAUCAAGUUGGUGCAUCAUCUGAACUAUUGUAUGAGGCAUCUGGUGCUACAGAUGAUUAUGCCGCCGGUGAAUUAAAAAUACCCUAUGCCUACACAAUAGAAUUAUGUGAUGAAGGUCGAUAUGGAUUCCUUCUACCACCAUCGUAUAUUGGACAAGUCGGGAGACAAGUGUGGACAGCAUUGAGUGUUUUUGCAAAUGACAUUUAUCCUUCAUGAAAUACAUUGACGGAUAAAAGGCAUAGAUAUAUAUUUAUUAAUCUGAUAGAUGAUUCUUUAGUUAGAUUAGUCUGUUUUCUAUACACCAUUGCAUGCUGUCAUUUUCUUCUCAAUGACAAUUUUUAUGAGUAUAUACAAUAUACUACUAUUAAUAUUAUCACCGUUAUUAUGCCUUUCGGUUAAGAAGUGGAACAUACACCUUCAAAAGUACAUCUCCAUUUCAGGCCUUUAUCUCCUUGAAGUCCUCCUUAGGACCAACGCCCAACUUUUCCUUUCCAUCCAUAUUCAUUUUCCUUGGAAUGAUGUUUGAAUAACAGGUUCUUGAUUGGUUCAUGCUCAGAGUGCCUAGUUUCGAAUCCUUUCCGGCCAUUUGAUCUUUUGUAUGGAGUGAGGAUAGCUCUUAAUGAAAUACUUGAGUAGCCCAUUGAAUAACGGGGUUUUCGUGACACACCAAGUUUCUGAUGCAUAUUGAAGAAUGUCUAUGGAAUUCGUGUUGGAAAUUCGAAUUUUGUUGUGUGCCAAAGAUUUCCACAGUGAUUUCCUGAAUGGCUUUGAUAUUUUCAUCAGUCUCCGAUAUAAUGCUGUCUAGCCAGAUAAGUGAAGGAAGUGGCUUCUUUCAAAUUUCUUCCAUUGUUGGUGAUUGGUGCUUGGUUUUAUUGAUCAUCUUCAUCACUCUUUUCUUCUCUAUCUUCACUGGAAGUCCUGUCUUUGCUUCUUAUUCCCUAAACUUGUUGGUUGUCGUUUGUAAUUCUUCGAAAUUUCGGGACAUUAGACAUAAAUUGUCUGUGAAGUCCUAGUGUUGUGGUUUUUAUUGGUGUUCAUGAGUUAUCUUUCAGGACAAGUGUUCUUUUUUCUUUGAAAUCCUUUUUCCCUCUAAAUAUGGAUUUCUUGAAAUGUUUCAAUUGAAGUUUGAAUUUAUUAUGGAAUAAAUCUUUCGAUGGGGUUUUUAAA